UCGGGUGACGAGCCGGACAUCACGAAAGGGCCGCCCGAUUACGACAAGCCAUGGGUGGAUGGCUGGGGCUUCAACAAGAGUGACCACUUGUUUUGGAAGGAACGACACGACUAUAUGUUAAAACAGACCAAAGAGCACAGGGAUGCCAUCAAAAUAGUGUUUUUCGGUGACUCCAAAAUCGCCCGAUUCCUCGAAGAGGGACAUAAGGUAUGGCACGAGUACUACGCGAAGGAAGGCUAUUAUAAUUAUGGCAUUAGAGGGGACUCCACGCGACAGAUACUCUGGAGAUUGGAUCACAAAGAGUUUGAUGGACUCACACCUAAACUGCUAUUUUUUAUGAUCGGUGGCAAUAAUUUUAAGAAUAAUUAUAAUAAAGGAACCGACGACGAGAUUCUGAAAGCAAUGGAUCUUAUAAUUGAGAAAUUGAAGGAAAAACUGCCCAAAACUAAGAUAAUACUUGUGGGACAACUGCCCCGUAAGGGAGAGACUGAUGAGAGGGCCAGAUAUAUAAACAAUCAUUUAGUGGACAAGUACAAGAAGUCGAGCGACAAAAUGGUGCACUUCUUGGAUAUAUUCGCCAAAUACACCACAAUAUCAAAAGACCAUAAUGUAUCCCUCGCGGAUCCGGACAUAACCAAAGGGCCGCCCGUUUAUGACAAGCCAUGGGUACCGGCCUGGGGUUGGUUUGGCACUCAGAACCCCACGGGUUGGAGGGAUAGACACGAAAAGAUGGUUAACACGACUGAAGGGCACAAAAAUGAUAUCAAAAUUGUAUUCUUUGGGGACUCCAAGACUGAGGGUUGGGUUACGGAGGGAAGGGAUGUGUGGAAUGAAUACUAUGUGAAAAGAGGGGGUUUUAAUUAUGGCAUCGGAGGGGAUAGUACUCGACAAGUGUUGUGGAGAAUAGAUCACAAAGAGUUGGAUGGUUUGGUCCCAAAGGUAUUGGUGUUUAUGAUCGGAGGCAACAAUUUCGCUGAUAAUUAUAACAGAGGGACGGACGAGGAGAUAGUGAAAGCAGAGCACCUGAUAGUCGAGAAUAUUCAC